GUAGAAUAGCGUUUGUGUCACAGUGACAGACCAUUUGCUACAACUCAGGAAAAGGAUAGGGAGAGAGAAAAAAAAAGGUAAUCUGUACGGACUUUUAUUCUCUCUUAAUGGCUCCCAAGAAGCGAAAGUCUGAGGGGACCGACGAUGCGGUGGCGAAGCCAGUUAGGGCGGUGGCAGCUACAACCAGAGUGACUCGCAGCUCGGCUUUGAAGAAUAGAAGUCCGGCGGUGGCAGCUCUCGAGUUACCUAAGAGGAAAAAGGGAAAAGCAGCGGCGGAAGCUAAGAAGAUUAAGGCUGAAGUGAAAGCGGAGACUGAGAGUAAGAACGUUGAAGAAAAAAACGACGUCGCCGAUGGCAAGGAAGAAGCGGAUGAGGACGAAACUGCCGACGACGAGAGCAAUAACAAAACUAUUGUUGUUGAGCACUGCAAACAAUGCAACUCGUUUAAGACGAGGGCUGUUCAAGUGAAAAAAGGAUUGGAGAGUGCUGUUCCUGGUAUCAAUGUUGUUCUUAAUCCUGAUCAGCCUAGGAAGGGUUGCUUUGAAAUACGAGAGGAAGGUGGAGAGACUUUCAUCAGUCUUCAGGACAUGACACGACCAUUUAAGCCAAUGAAGGAUCUUGAUAUGGAAAAGGUCAUCUCAGACGUAAUUGAGAAGAUAAAGUGAUGAUGCAAUCCCUACUGGUUUGAUUUGGUUGCAGAUAGUAUUUUGUGAAGUUGGAAUUUGACCAAGCUAACUUGAUCUUUUGAAGUAGAAAUAUUUGAAUUGAUAUAUGUUGAUUUCUUGACACAUUGCUUUUAUAUGUUUUUUUGAUGUAAGUUUGUCAUCCCUAAGAACAAACUAUUUUUGGUUAUUCAUGAGCAUCAGCAUAGCGAUUCAUGUUGUAACACAUUACUAAUGCUAUGUCAAUUGUCUUGCCGUGAAUUUCUAGGAA